AGUUGUAUAUGUAGGGCAGUGAUGCUACUGGUGACAUAAACUUAAACGUAAUGAGCUGUGCAAGUAUAGAUGGUCGCGACUAUCCGCGGCAUUUUAGCGACGUUAUUGGAUGGCCGUCAGGUGUAUUGCUGAAGAGAAAGUCGAGAGCCUAUCUAUAGACGACGGCGUUGCAGAAUACCGAGUACUGCUAAGAACGCGCAUGACGCUGGUCGACAGAGCGUGACUCCUUCAGACAGUAGGUUAGUGCAUUGCUAGACCACGCAGUUUUCACUUUCCUUUUGGACGAGUCGCCCGUGGUCAUCGUCGGAAGGUCAACUUUGGUGAGGCGUUGGGCUACGUGUUAAGAUUACAGGCCUCCUGACUACAAUAACAUGAAGAGCUACAUCAUCGCGAUUGUCGUGUCUGUGUCACUCUGCAUAGUAGAGGCGACCAACGAACGUCCUUCCUAUGACUAUGACCGCCGUUCACGGCAGCGAGCCAACUUUGCAAGACGACAUCCGCAAAGAUUCAACGAUCAUCAGCCAUCGCGGUCACCGUACGAGUAUGGUAGAGAGAGACACGGUAGAGAAUACCCAUCACCGUACGGUUACAAUAAAGAGAGACACGGCAGACAGUACCCCUCAGCGUACGGGUACAAUAAAGAGAGACAGGGCAGACAGCACCCCUCACCGUACGGGUAUGGUAGAGAGAGGCAGGGCAGACAGCACCCCUCACCGUACGGGUAUGGUAGAGAGAGCCACGUCAGGCAGCACCCCUCAAAAUACGAUAACCGCGCCGAAUACGAUGAUAAUCGACACGUUUCUCCGCCCGACAACCAUCACCGGCCGCUACGCGCAAGACAACAACGCAACAAUGGAUAUCCCGCUCGCUCCCCGUAUUAUCCCGCCGGCACGGAGCGCCCCCUGUCGGACUCCGCACACUACUCUGGUCGACGCCCCUAUGCGGACUAUGCGGAUCGUGCCCGGCAGCUUCCGCCACAGAAUAUAAACUACUACGGUUCCGGCUCGCAAUCCGACGAACGCCGUCAACAGUCUGUCGAUCAAUAUUAUCCGCCCUACCGGCCUCGAUAUGCCAACGACGAAAACCAAACACCAUCCAAACAGGAAUCACAUCAGCCAGCCGUAAGCCGAUAUGCUUCUAGAUCGCCGUAUUCGACGAGCAGUAAUCAGUAUACAGUUGCGCAUGACAGCUAUCGCCCGCCUGUACAGCCUGCGCAUGCGCAGCGUGUCGCCUACGCUCCUGCGCCGUCUCAACGCGACGACGCUCAGCCGACAAUAUCCUAUAAUGAGCACGCCUAUGCGAAACAAUACGACGCCAGUCAGCAAGCUUCGCAGUAUGGCUACAAUCCUAACGCUAACUACCAGCAACCUCCCCCAGGCAGCAGCUCCUAUCCUCCAACAACGCAGCAUGGCUACAAUCCUAACGCUAACUACCAGCAACCUCCCCCAGGCAGCAGCUCCUAUCCUCCAAUAACGCAGUAUGGCCACAAUGCUAACGCUAACUACCAGCAACCCCCAGCAAGCAGCAACUCCUAUCCUCCAACAGCGCAGUAUACUAACGCUAACUACCAGCAACCCCCAGCAAGCAGCAACUCCUAUCCUUCAACAGCGCAGUAUACUAACGCCAACUACCAGCAACCUCCCCCAAGCAGCAGCUCCUAUGCUCCAAAUACUCCAAUAGAGCAGAAUAGCUACGAUACUAACACUAACCAUCAGCAAUCAGUCGGACACGACGGUUCCGACCGAGUGCAUUCUGGGUAUCAACAACAAUCACCGACGACACCCCAGCGAUCGCCGCAACCAGCAAGCUAUUACGCGCCGGAAUAUCCUCCCCAUUCCGUCAGUCAGCCGGUAAAUUACGCCAGUUACUCACCUCCCGAUGCGCCACAGCAGGGCACUAUUUCGCCGCAGCCGGUUCAAUACGUCGCCGGUCAACCGCACGCGCACGCGCAGUACAACGCGGAUAACGCGCGCGGCGGGCGCAUCGAUGGAGGUCAUCUUGAAGAUGGAGAUUACCGCCAGGGGGCGCAUAGCGGCGGGACCCUGCACGGCGAUGCGGACCAUGGAGGUCAUGCCGAAGAGGGAGGUCACGGCACUUAUCGCAAGGGCGCACACGAGAAAGGAUAUGACAAGGUUGACGUCUACAUUAACAAGCGUGACGGGGUCCGCUAUGGCUACAGAUACGGAACGGAGUUCUUCAUACCGGCGCCAUUUCCCUACGUCGCUCGGCCGGGCGAGCCUGAUCCUGUUGGCGUAGGCCUCGCGGGUAUAGUGAGAGCUGAUCAGGUGUAUCAAGAAGGCGUAGCCGCUGCUCAAGCUAACACUCUCGCUUACUAAUAAACUAUGCUGACGAACAUGUAUAUACGAAUUUUUUUACAAACAAAACUUGUUAUUACAAAAUCUAUUUACGAGUGUACUAUAAAAUUAGUGGCACGUAAUUAGUAUACGCUGUUUGUUUCGUUGAAAAAGAUAUAAUAGGUACGUCGGCUACUAUAUCACUGUUAUCAUUUGUUGUUAACGCACUUCAUUUCGUGUUUAGGCUACUGGGUCGUGAAUGUCUUUCCGAAAGCAUAGUCUAACGCAAACCAGCGGGAGUUGACGAUUUAUACUCUUUAUCGGCUAGUGAUUCUAAUUACCACAUUCAUUACGCAAACGACUGUGUACUACAUUAUUUGAGCGUUUAAAACGAGUGUUUAAUUUGCCAUUUGCUAUCGCAAUCGUGUCAACAAUUGCAUUGAGUGUAAUCAUGUCAUCACGGAUACCCCCAAAAAACGUAAUAACCGCUAUUUAAAUUGUCAUUGAAAUCUUAGCAUUAAACUAAAGAAUUUUGUACUAAGACGAUGAAUGCAGAUUACCAUUUACGAAUAAAACACUUUCAGAAGUACAUUACAGUA